AUGUCGGACGCAGAGCUCGAUUACUCGUCAGAGUACGAGGACUACCAGGACGAUGUCGAGUUUGACGACGACAUGGCCGACCUCACGUCGGAAGCAGGCUCCGUCUCCGACUCUGGCUUCUCCCCCUUCGGCACCUCCACUCCCGCAUCCGCCUCUGCAGGCGGCCAAGGCAUUCUUUCGUCCGCGUCGUCGUCUGCGGCAAAGGGCAAAGGGAGGGCGUCGAUCGGCGGCGAGGAUUUGUACGGUCAGGUCGAGUACAAGGUGUUGAGCCUCAAGCAGCUCGAGGAGGAGCAGCGUCGUGCGAUCGAGUAUGUCGAGGACAUGCUCAAGCUCAAGCCCGAAUCCGCCGCAACGCUCCUUCGCUACUUCAACUGGAAGAAGGAGAAGCUGAUCGAGGCGUACAUGGAGGACGCCGAGGUGACGCUCGAGAAGGCGGGCAUCCGAGAAGGCGGCGCGCAACCUCGGCUGAAGCGCGUCCGGGGGUUUGUCUGCGACGUCUGCUACGACAACGAGACGAAGGAGACGCUGGCGUUGACGUGCGACCAUCGCUUCUGCAAGGCCUGUUACUGCCACUACCUGACGAGCAAGAUCAUCGACGAAGGCGAGAGCCGAAGAAUCGAGUGCAUGGGCAAGGACUGCCAUGUCAUUGUCGACGAGAAGACGGUCGAACUGCUCGUCCCGCCAGACAUCCUUGACCGCUACCGGCUCCUCCUCAACCGCACCUACGUCGACGACAACCCUCGAAUGCGCUGGUGUCCCGCCCCGAACUGCGAGUUCGCCGUCUCGUGCGCCGUCGCCCCUCGCUCGCUCGACGUCACGAUCCCGACGGUCCAAUGCGCAUGCGGCCACAUCUUCUGCUUCGGCUGCCAGCUCGACGGCGACCACCGCCCGUGCUGCUGCCCGAUCGUCAAACGGUGGAUGAAGAAGUGCAAGGAUGACUCGGAGACGAGCAACUGGAUCUCGGCUAACACGAAGGAGUGCACCAAGUGCCAUUCGACGAUCGAGAAGAACGGAGGCUGCAACCACAUGACGUGCAAGAAGUGCAAGUGGGAGUUCUGCUGGGUCUGCAUGGGCCCCUGGUCCGAGCACGGCACGUCGUGGUACAACUGCUCGCGAUACGAGGAGAAGGCCGACAACUACAAGGACGCGCAGAGCAAGAGUCGCGCGGCGCUUGAGCGGUACCUUCACUACUACAACCGCUUCUCGAACCACGAGCAGUCGAUUCGCCUCGAAGCCGAUCUCUACGUGCGCACCGAGAAGAAGAUGGAGGAGCUGCAGGAGCAGUCGACGCUCUCGUGGAUCGAGGUCCAGUUCCUCGCCAAGGCCGUCGAGACGCUCGGCAAGGUCCGCACCGUCCUCAAGUGGACGUACGCCAUGGCGUUCUACCUCGAGAAGAAUAACUUUACCCAGAUGUUCGAGGACAACCAGAACGACCUCGAGCAAGCGGUCGAGUCCCUCUCUGAACUCCUCGAACGCCCUCUCGAGGAGGACAAGAUUGCCGAGCUCCGCCAGCAGACGACCGACAAGACCGUCUACGUCGCCAAGCGCUGCAAGGUCCUCCUCGACGACACGCUCAGGGGUUACGAGGAGGAGCCGCCUCGGUGGAUCUGGCAGGAGCCGAUCAAGUUCUGA